GGGAGGGGAUGUAAAGUAGGAGUUUCUCUUGGUGAAAGAGUACAGUCUCGUUCAUAAGGUAUGGUUCUGCGACCCCGUUUUCCCGCCCAUCAUGCACGAGGCUGCUGCUGCUUCCCAUUCGGGUAACUGUCGAAUCCUCGGGAGCGCCAAGGGUAAACCUUCCCCGCAGCUCUGGACUCCACAUCCCCGGACUAGAACGACUGCUCUCCCGACUUCCCUCGCGACCUCGCGCUCUCCCAGCACCUUACGCUGCCCGAUGCAGCCAGCUGGACACAAUGCUGCCACGAUUAUUGCGCGGUCGUGGGGUCGGAACAGUCGCCACCCUCCGCACUACAUGGAGCAGAGGCCUGUUGACCACGGCUCACGAUAGAGGGCCGACAGAGCCGCCACUCUUCGAAGGCACGAUCCCACAGCAUUUCGCAGGCAUCGUCUCUCAGCACGGCGAUCGAACCGCUGUUAUAACCCGACACCAACGCCUGCAAACCACCUACGAUGAGCUCGACAAGAAAAGCAACGCCCUGGCGCGCGGCCUGCAGGGUAUCGGCGUCAAGAAAGGAGAUCGCGUGUCGGUGUCGCUGGGAAACAACAUGGAGUUUGCCAUUGCUACCUAUGCCCUCUUCAAGCUCGGCGCCAUUUUGAACCCGCUGAACCCCUCAUUCAACUCCGGGCAGGUCAUCUCUGCUCUAAAUCAUCUCGAAACGAGCCAUCUGCUCAUCGGCGCCGAGACGAACCUCUCGCGCAAACCACCGCGGUCGAAUGUAUCCAUGUUGACGGAGAUUGCGCCCAACAUCAAAGGGAGCAAGUUGGAGUCUGAAGUUGCUCCGUCGCUGAAACAAAUCAUUCUGGUGGAUAAUUCAGAGGGCAGGGUGGAUGUGUCGGAGCUCCGAGCCGCGGUGCCUUUCCAAUCCAUCUCUCACGACUCCCAGCACGCCCUUCCCGACCAAAACCUUCAAAAGGACGAAAUCGUCAACAUUCAAUUCACCUCCGGCACCACCUCUUCUCCCAAAGCCGCUUGUCUCUCCCACCGCUCCAUCCUCAACAACGGCAUCCAAAUCGGCGACCGUAUGCUGCUCACCCCGGAAGAUGUUGUUGUCUGCCCGCCCCCGCUCUUCCACUGCUUCGGCUGCAUCCUGGGCUACAUGGCGACCGCCACGCACGGCUCCGCCAUCUGCUUCCCCAACGAGGCCUUCGACCCCCUUGCCUCUUUGAAAGCCGUCCAGGAGUACCGCGGCACCGCGCUCUACGGCGUAGCAACCAUGUUCCUUGCGGAACUCGACCUGCUCGCCAACGGCACGGUGGCGCACGAGGGCUUCCAGCAUCUCCGCACGGGCAUUGCGGCGGGCAGCUCGGUGCCGGCAGAGCUGAUGCGCAAACUGCACCGCAUCCUCAACUUGGAGGAGCUGACAAUCUGCUACGGCAUGACGGAGACAUCGCCGGUGAGCUGCAUGACGCGCACCGACGACCCGCUGCAGAAGCGCGUGGACACGUGCGGGCAGCUGCUGCCGCAUGUGGAGGCGACGGUGGUGGAUGCGGGCGACAAGUCGCGCACGGUCGGCAUAGGGGAGCGAGGGGAGUUGGCGGUGGCGGGAUACUUGGUGAUGAAGGAGUACUGGGGCGAUCCGGUGAAGACGAAAGAAGCCAUGAUUCCGGAUGAGAAGGAGCCCGGCAAGUUCUGGAUGUUGACGGGCGAUGAGGCAAUCAUGGAUGAGGAGGGCUUCGUGUCUAUUACGGGUCGUAUCAAGGACACGAUCAUCCGCGGUGGGGAGAACAUUCACCCGCUCGAGGUGGAGAAUUGCUUGCUGGCGCACGAUGCCGUGUCGGAGGUGAGCGUGGUGGGCUUGCCAGACGAGAGGUAUGGCGAGGUGGUUGCGGCAUAUGUGGUGAAGCGGAAGGGCAGCAAGUUGGAGGCCAAGGAGGUCAGGGAUUGGGUGAGAGAGAAGUUGAGUGGGCAUUUGGUGCCCAAGUAUGUUUUCUGGGUGGACGACUAUCCGCGAACGGCGAGCGGCAAGAUCCAGAAGUUCAUACUGCGAGAGCAGGGAGUGGGGUUGUUGAAGGAAGGGCAAGGCUUGGAGUAAGUCGCCGGCCUGGAUCUAGGCGGCAUACAAUGCUCUGCAGAUUUGUUGGACGAGAUCUAUUUGUGUUUAUGUAAAUACCUGGAAAGUCUGCCCUUGUCCGCACGGAUGAGACUGCCCACAUGCGUGUAGGAGUCGUGUAGAGUUGUGGU